AUGGCGGCGGCCCGCGGCUGCCCCCCGGCGGGCUCCGGGGACCGCGCCCUGGCCGAGCUGCUGCUGGAGUUCUCCCGGGCACAGUACCGCGCCAAGGAUGGCGGCGGCGCUGCCGCUAAGGUGGAGCGGAUCGAGCGGCGGUGCCUGGAACUCUUUGGCCGUGACUACCGCUACAGCGUGAUCCCCAAUGCGCACGGCGAGGUCUGCGCCCACUACCCACGGCACAUCGUCCUCCUGGAGCGCGACGCCAGCGCUGGCCGCGACCCGUUUGAGAGCACUGUGCAGGUUGGCAAACUGCAGGACCUUAUCAACCGAAGUAAGAUGGCGAGGUGUAGAGGACGAUUUGUUUGCCCAGUCAUUCUGUACAAGGGAAAGCAUAUUUGCAGAUCAGCAACGCUGGCCGGCUGGGGAGAGCUCUAUGGGCGUACUGGCUACAACUAUAUCUUCUCAGGAGGUUCUGAUGAUGCUUGGGCAGAUGCAGAAGACAUUUCAGAGGAAGAUUCUGCACUUAGAAAUGCAGACUCCCAGUUGUUUGACAAGGUCAGAGGGCAUGACAUCAAGCUGCUUCGAUACUUGUCUGUCCGAUAUAUCUGUGACCUGAUGGUGGAAAACAAGAAGGUGAAGUUUGGCUUGAAUGUGACGUCUUCUGAGAAGGUGGACAAAGCUCAACGUUAUGCUGAUUUCACACUUCUCUCCAUCCCAUAUCCAGGCUGUGAAUUUUUUAAGGAGUACAAAGACCGGGAUUACACAGCUGAAGGUCUUAUAUUUAACUGGAAACAGGAUUAUGUAGAUGCUCCAUUAAGUAUCCCAGUCUCUCUGACCCAAUCUCUGAACAUUGAUUGGAGCGAGUACCAGAGCUGGGACCUUGUGCAACAGACACAGAAUUACCUGAAGCUGCUGAUCUCCAUCAUCAAUAGUGAUGAUGACAGCGGGCUCCUGGUGCACUGUAUAUCCGGCUGGGAUCGAACUCCUCUCUUCAUCUCCUUAUUGCGCCUCUCCUUAUGGGCUGAUGGGCUGAUCCACACGUCCCUGGAGCCGUCUGAGAUUCUCUAUCUGACAGUGGCCUAUGACUGGUUUCUCUUUGGGCACAUGUUAGUCGAUCGACUCAGUAAAGGAGAAGAGAUUUUCUUUUUCUGCUUCAAUUUUCUGAAGCACAUCACCUCUGAGGAGUUCUCUGCUGUGAAGUCGCAGAGAAGGAAGAGUUUGCCACCCGGCUUCACGCUGGAAGAGAUCUGCAUGCUCAAGCAGAGGGACCGAGGCAGCACCACAAGUCUGAGCAGUGACUUCUCCCUGGGGAUGGAAAGUUCCCCUGGAGCAGCUGGGAGCUUCACCUAUGAAGCAGUGGAGCUGAUGCCAGCAGGAGCACAGGCUCAAGCAGCAUGGAGGAAGAGCUGUGCAUCAUCGCCACAAGCUGUGCUCUGGAGCAGGACACAGCAGUCUGAAGACAGGCUGCCUUCCACAGGGAUGGUUGAAGUCAAGUCCUCCAGCUCCUCCUCAUCAACCCAUUCUGAUAACUUCCUAAGGAUUGGAAGCAGCCCACUGGAAGUGCCCAGAUCCAGAUCGGUGGACCAUUCUCUGCCCGGAUCUUCCGUUUCCACAGACUUUGGCAGCUGGCAGAUGGUGACAGGGUGUGGCAGUAUUCGAGAGCAGGCAAUCCUGAGCGCAGACGCCUCUCUCCCUUGCAGCUUCCCGGAUGAGUUCCCUAGCACUUGUCUGCUGGUGUCAGCGAGCGACCGCGAGUCCCGGCUGGAAGAAGUGCGGUCUGCCUUUCUGGCCAGCUACAGCCGGACCAUUGGCCUGAAGGCCGUGCCCCCCAGCCCCUCGGGGGCCAUCGGUGGCCUCCUCGAGCAGUUCGUGCGGGGCGUGGGACUGAGAGGCAGCAGCACGCUUUGAGCGUGGCCUUCCCGCACCCCUGGCUGGAGAACCGGG